CGGAGGCAGCAGACACACACACACAGACACAGACACGUAGUAGGCGGAGGCAAGAGGCCACACACAUACACACACAUACAUUGGAGGGAACCCCAUCAGCUGUGGGAGGCAACACAGCUUUAACUUACUUUUAUUUUUCCAACUCUGCUCUUCAAAUUCACAGAUUUUUAAGCAGUGAUUUUAGAUGUGAGCUACUGAGGAGUACAGCGAGAGCCCCGCGGUGAAAACGAGCAUCCUUAUAUUUUAACAAGGGGACCAGUGGAGGGAGAAGAAAAAAAACAGAAAACACGGACUACAGAAGGUGGCUUUGAAAGCAUGGAAUAUUUCAUGAUGCCGACAGAGAAGAUACCGUCCUUACAGCAGUUCAAGAAGACGGAGAAGGAUGUUAUAGGAGGUCUCUGCAGCCUGGCCAACAUCCCGCUCAGUCCGGAGACAGCCCAGGACCAGGAGAGACGAAUCCGCCGUGAGAUCGCCAACAGCAACGAACGCCGGCGCAUGCAGAGCAUCAAUGCAGGCUUCCAGUCCCUCAAAACACUCCUGCCCCACACAGACGGAGAGAAACUCAGCAAGGCGGCCAUCUUGCAGCAGACAGCGGACUACAUCUUCACCUUGGAGCAGGAAAAGACACAGCUCCUGGCACAGAACAACCAGCUCAAACGCUUCAUCCAGGAGUUCAGUGGCUCAUCACCGAAGAGGAGGCGAGCAGAGGAGAAGGAUGAGGGGAUCGGGUCUCCAGACACACUGGAGGAGGAGAAGGUCGAGGAGCUGAGGAGGGAGAUGUUAGAGCUGCGACAGCAGCUGGACAAGGAGCGCUCGGCUCGUAUGCAGCUGGAGGAGCAGGUGCGCUCUCUCGAUACCCAGCUGCACCCAGAGCGUCUGAAGGUGAUCACCCAGCAGGUGGAGGAGGAGCAAGCGCUCAUCCAGAGCCAAACGCUGUUACGGCUGCAGCAGAUCCACGCCGCUGACAGACAAACGCACAGUCCGCAGGUGCUGGCUCCUCCCACUCCCCCUGCCCCGACCCAUCACCCCACAGUCAUCGUUCCAGCUCCGACACUAACCCAGCACCAUCACGUCACUGUGGUGACCAUGAGCCCGUCUGUCCACACCAGCACUGUGUCCACGUCCAGACAGAACCUGGACACCAUUGUGCAGGCCAUCCAGCACAUCGAACGCACUCAGGAGAGGAAAGCCAGCGCCGAGGAGGAGCAGAGACGAGCUGUAAUUGUUAGCCCCGUGCACGUUGCCAUGGACACCGCCUGCUCAGACACAGACACCGACACGGAGGGAGAGGACUGCUCGAUGAACUGAUCGACCCCACGAACGAACACAAACACACAAACACUUCAAAUAACUUCUCACUGUAAGAUUCCCUCCAGGAGCUUGACUACUUUUUAAAAAAAAAAAAAAAAAAAAAAAAAAAAAAUCUGUCUUUGGCAUUAUCCAAACUCCUAAAUCCAGUGGUUAAGCUCACAGUCAGUCUUGUACUGUAAAAUCGCUGAAGAUUGAAGACAUAGGAUGGUCAGCGUGCAGAGGAGGCCCUGUGGGAUUUCUAGAGGCUGUUUUUCAAUGUCUGAGCCGGUCUGUCGCUGCUUGAAAACUUAGGGGUCUCCUCUUGUAGAAAGCUAUCAGCAACCGUCCGUCCUUCAUGUGUGUUUAUGUGUGCUACAUACAGUCACAGUAUCAGUUGCCCAUCCUUCACUGGCACGCUGACAGUAUUAAUUGUGCUAGAAAUUGAUGGAUUUUGUCAUAACGGAGAGUUGAAUGUAACAACACAAUAAGCACGCAGCUCUUGAUUCUCAAAAGGGACGUGGAGUUGCAGUUAAUUUUCCCCAGUCUUAAUUUUGUUUUUUCUUUGUUUCCCAGUUCAUUUAUUCUAGUGCCAGUGGCCAUGAAACCCAACUUAUCUACAACUGAGGGCAUUUCUAAAUUGAAAUAUUUGGGCGAAAUACACACUUAAUUGCAAAGUUAUACAUGUGGAAAGAAAUUCUAUCCUAUUGACUUGGUUGUGUUUUGAUAUCUAAAUAAGCCCUUAAAAAUAAGCUGUUGAACAAUUUACAUUGAUCAUCUUUUGGUUUUAAUGUUGUUUGUGUCUUUUGUUAACAUUUUUUUUUCUGUCAGGGUUACUGAAUGUUGAAGGUGAACAUUUUGUUAUAUUGAGAUUAACAACUUAAAAUUGGAGGUUUGUCAGGUUUUCACAGGGAACCGGAGGCCUUCAGGUAAAUUCAUAAGUCU